GCUCCGCCAUCCCCAGAUGCUGGAUGCACAUCAGCCACCUGCAUCCCGACAAGAGCAGCCCCUCGUGCGCCUUCUUCUUGCCUGUAUUGAUAUAUUUGUCGCCGUUCGUUAUACCCAUCCACCAUGUACAUGCCCAAUCGAUAGCCCAUCUACCCAAUUACCUUUCAAAGCAUACGCGUACGCAGCAUUCGCUUCCUGCGGACUAUUCGCCGCGGGCGAGCGAGCAUCCCUUACCACGACACCGCGCACCACGUAUACGACGACACCGCGCGUUGCUAAGUCGCCAUGAGCGAUGAGAAACAUGGCUACGUCCGCGAGCCAUCUCCGCCACCCAUCCCCACAUACGACGAGGCAACUUCCUCGCGCAACGCCCCUGCGCGCCUCGGACCCAACGAGACCAGCGACGAUGCCGAGCGGCAGGGUCUCCUGAGCCCGGAUGUGCGCAUACAAGCCGACCCGCGCAGGCGCAAUGGAUACUACCAGGCCCCCUCCGUACAGUCGGUGGACGACGAUGGCGACUCGGAUCUCGGGAGUCCGGUGCGAGAGAGCCAGGACGAGGACCUGCGCCAGACCAUGGAGGAGAUGGAGAUUCUAGAUCCAGAGGCUGCUGAGGAGGGGCGGUCGAGGCGGAAUCGAUCAAGAGGCAGGUUCUCGAAACGCUUCUACAGCAUCAGACAUUCCCUAUCGAGUUGGAAUCUGCCGCGAAUACCCUGGCCCAGCUGGCGUCCCAACUUCAGCGCCAUGACGGACCACAUACCGACGAUACCGGAAGAAUACAAGCCGGGGUGGUCGAUUAUCGCGCGAUUGUUUGGCCUCAUACUGAUCAUCGUUCUGGUAUACCUCCUGGUCGUCAGCGAGGUGGUGCCCAUGGGCGGAGGCUUCGGCACGCCCUUCAACCCCGAGUGGGUACGGUCGACGGCUAUGGAGAGCGUCGAGAGCUGGCGGAUUGAGAAGAAUCUGGAAUACAUUACAAGCUACGACCACAUAGGGGGCACUGAGGGGAGUUAUGUGCUGGGGCAGUGGAUCGAGGGCAAGUUCAAGGAUGCGCAUAUGGACACAUAUACCCACGACGAGUACUACGUAUACAUGAACUAUGCAAAGAAGGGCGGACGGAGGGUCGCCAUCGUCGAGCCACAGGACAAGAAGUGGGAGGCCAAACUCGAAGAGCCGUCCGUCUUCAAUCCUGCCAAAGCGCAAACGCCUGCCUACCAUGGUCUGUCUGCGACCGGAAACGCCACCGGGCCCUUGAUAUAUGUCAACUACUGCGACAAGAAAGACUUCAAGCGAUUAUGGGAUAGCGAGGUGGACGUGCAAGGUGCGAUUGCGCUCUGCCGAUAUUACGGAACACAGCCAGACCUAUCCAUGAAGAUCAAGGCUGCGCAAGAUGCUGGAGUUGUGGGUGUCUUGGUAUACUCGGACCCAGCAGAUGACGGCUUUAAGAAGGGGAACCCCUGGCCAGAUGGCAAAUGGCGGCCUGGAGACAGCGUGCAGCGAGGAUCCGUCGCACAGACAAACAUGAUCAUGGGAGAUGUGCUCACGCCUGGUAUGCCGAGCUUCAAGAAAGUGGAGCGCAUGCCCCGAGACAAGAACCCGGCCUUACCGAAGAUUCCAAGUUUACCGCUCUCGUGGAAGGAUGCGCAGAAGCUGCUCAAGUCGCUGAAAGGUUCAGGCGAGCAAUUGCCAGAUGAAUGGAUUGGUGGUGUACCGGAUGUUGGCGAGCACUGGUAUUCUGGUCAUCCAAAGACUUCGCCAAAGGUGUUCCUGCAAAACGACCAGGAUGAGGUCGAACAACAGCGGAUCACCAACGUUUUCGGGUCUCUCAAGGGCAGCGAAGAUCCGGCUAGCAAGAUCAUAAUCGGCAACCACCGCGAUUCCUGGUGUUUCGGUGCAGCGGACCCUGGCUCUGGCACGGCUGUCAUGCUCGAAGUUGUACGUGUACUAGGCGAGUUACGCUCGCAAGGAUGGCGACCGCUCCGCACUAUCGAAUUUGCGUCGUGGGACGCUGGCGAAUACAACCGAAUCGGCUCUACCGAGCAUGUUGAAGCGAACGUACAAGCCCUCCGAGAUAGCGCCAUCGCCUACCUGAAUGUCGACGUAGGUGUAACGGGCGACAAGCUGUGGGCCAACGGUUCUCCAAUCUUCCAACACGCCUGGACGCGCGUGCUCGACCGACUUUCCGACCCCCGGGAGAACAAGACCAUGAAGGAGCUGUGGGAGACCUCGGACUCCAAAAUUGGUAAUCUAGGCGCUGGAAGUGAUUACGUUGCUUUCCAAUCCAUCGCUGGUACCUCCUCACUUGACUUCGGCUUCACCAGCAAAGAGGGUCAAUCAAACCCCAUUGCGCGCAGCUGCUACGAGACUCUCUCCUGGAUGCGCAAAUACAUCGACCCCGGCUUCGCUUACCACGCCGUGCUCGCCCAGCUCUGGGUUCUUCUCAUCCUCGAGCUCGCUCAAGAGCCCAUCAUCCCCAUGAAGAUUGACGACUAUGCCCGCGCGCUGCAAGAAGAAGGCCAGGCAUUGUUGGACUGGACCGAGAAGAAAAGCGGCGGCGGCGAGUACGACAUCGAGAUGUUUCAGCCUCUAGUCGACAGUCUGAGUAUGUUUAAGAAGAAGGCAGAGACUUUCGGGCGGUGGGAACAAAACUGGUACAACCAAGUUUAUGCCACUGGUGGCUUUGAAAGUAGUGGCGUCACGAUACAGAGAGUUGGACAUAACGGGAGGAUCGCAGGUUUCGAGACCGACUUGCUUGAUCUCGCGAGGGCCAAGGAUGACAAGGGGCCGCAUGGUCUUCCCAACCGCGACCAAUACAAGCACGUCGUCUUCGCCCCGGACCUUAACAACGGCCUCGAAGCCAGUGUCUUCCCUUUCGCACGCGAAGCAAUUGAGAAGAAAGAUUGGGACGCCGCAUCCAAAGCCAUCAAGAAGACGGCUGAUAUAUUGAACCGCGCGAGCGAUCGGCUCGGCUAAGAUAUGUGUGUACAUGUACAGCAAAGUUGCAUUUCCGCGGUGUUUGGGCGUAGCGAAAGACUGGCUGCAUAACAUUAUUGGGUCGGGGAUAUAUCUCGUGUGUAGCGCCGGGCCUCGGCUUUUUUAUAUGGGUGUCAUAUUCAUCUCUGUUUGGUGAGCGUCGUCAUCAUCGCUAGCUAGGAGAUUGUUUGUUGGGCCGCCUUCUCACGUGCUUGUGCUAGCCCGACUCUGUCCACGACUACACAAAAUCUGUCCUCUGUGCUCUUUUGUAUCACUUACCUUCCUCGCUCAUUUCACCAUCUUCAUGAG